GUGCCCCGGGCUAAGGAUGGAUGUCUCACUUUCUAAACAAUUUGUUGUGGCAGUGUUCUAAAUUUGGCAAUUAGUAAUAACCAUCUACCUACGGCAAUUAGCGGAAGGCAUAAAAUGGCGAACAUGUUAAAACGAACGUUCAGCUCCAUCCACAGCAGAGAGAGAGAGGCGCCGGGCAGCAGCGCCGCCGCCGGGCGGGGUGAUGUGGCACCACCAGCCUCUCAGGAGGACGGCGACGCGAUGAACCGGGACAACGUGUCCACCAAGAUAGCGGCUGGCAUGGACCGCUGGCAAAACACCUUCGAGGAGAUGAUCAACCUGCGCUCCUCGCACAGCCAGGCUUUUAAAGACAACUAUUGGGCACAAAAUGCGUUUGAUGAACUCAGGCGCUAUGUAAAACAAGGUAGUGAUUUCAGCAAGGAACUAGCUGCAAUAUUACAAGAGAGGGUCGAAGCAGAAAAUUACUAUUCGAAAUGCUUGGCCAAGCUCGGUACGAAACUCAGCAAGGCUUGCAAGGAGAGCGUGGGUUCUUGCGCAGAAGCAUGGAAACAUGUCGCUUUAGAAAUGGAGAAACGAGCGGAAAUUCACAGAAAUUACUCCAACGCUCUCUCCGAUGAGCUAGUAAAACCAAUGAAAAAUGUCGCUGACAAUCAGUUGAAACUUAGGAAAAAGAUUGAAGGUAAUGUUGACAAAACAACACGCACUCUAGCGGAGUGGAGAACUGCAGAAGCGAAAUCCAAGAAACAGUCGCAUACGGCAGCGAGAGAAAAUGAAAAGCUGCAAGACGCAUCUCUGGAGAUGAGUCGCUUGUCGCGUAGUUCGAGCGUUGGUCACAUUCCUCACUCUAUUUUGAGUACUGCACGCGCCGAAAGACAUGCAAACGCUUCCAGUGAAAAGGACGCGGCAAAGUUACAAGUGAAAAAGAGAAAGACAGAAGAUGCUGUGAAAAAGACUGAAGUUGAAUAUUACAAUGUCUGCGCACUUCUGAAAAUCUUACAAUUAGUGAAGCAGGACAUAGAUCGUGAGCGUAAAUCUAAACAAGGAUUAGAAAAACUCUCUAUGGCCAUGAAACAAACUCCGACAUUUGGCAACGACGAUUCACAACAAAAUGUCGCUGACAAACUAUAUCACGUAAGAUCAAUGUUAACAUAUCUAGAAGCAAUAAGAUAUAAGAUCACAACGAGUCUAAAUGAGCUGGACAGUCGACCGCCGGUGCAGCAUCCUCUAUCAACGCACAUACAAAUCGUCCGCGAUAAACAAGGUCUCCAACAAAGCAUAUUAAAGGUACCGCCAUGGUUGCAGUCGGAUUACCAGAACGAAGUGAACAAGAACCUGCAACCGAACUACACAGCUUUAUCGAAGAGUAUGACGGGGGGCGAGGAGAGGGAACGACGGGACUCGAUAAUGAGUCGGGCGUCUUCCAAGCUGCGUAUCGAGCACUUGUCGUUUAGAAGAAAUACGGAGAAUAAAAGUGCGCCGGGGACGCCCGUGAUGUGCGAGCUGCCGCUGCCGCCACCACCGAAGCCGCCGACGCCGGAGUCAGCGCCUCCGGAGAGCCCGCUCGACUGGAGCGAGCGUGGCGCCGGCGACGGAUUAUCUAACCAACACGACAGCGACUUUGAUGAAUUUUCAUCACAAAGCGAUAGUUCGGCGGAUCUGACGGACAUCAUGAAGGCGGAAGAGAACGGAGACGGCACGGCACCCGCGCAAGCUAUAGGCAAGUGCCGCGCGUUAUACACCUACGAGGCCAGGCUCAACGACGAACUCAAUUUGACACCAGGUGAUAUAAUAAGCAUAUUCGAGAAGCAAGAUGACGGUUGGUGGUCCGGCGAUCUAAACGGCUGCUACGGAAUAUUUCCCUCGUCAUAUGUCGAAGAAAUCACAACUUGUAUAUAAAUCAACAAGCAAGUGUGGCAAUGGCAUACUUAUAAGAAAAUGAAAUCUUAUAUGUACAGAUUAUGUGGUGCUAUCAUGAAAUAUGUAACUAAUUACCUAUAUAACAUCUCAUCUCUCUUUUCUAAUGUAAUCCCGAGUUGAGACUAUGUGGUGGGAAAGAAACAUUGGGAAGGUAUAGGUAGUGACGGGAUUUGCAUGUAAUAGUCGCUUAGCACCCCUUUCUAUAAGUCAUUCCAGUGGCGGACUAAACUCGUCCGCCCGGGGCGGCAAAGCUGAAUGAGGCCCCUCAGCCAAUUAUUUCGGCUAAAGAAACGUACAUACCUACAAUAAGGUACAUAUUGACUAAAAACGUAGGUGCAUAUUGACUAGAAACUACGGAUUAUAAUUUCUGGGCGAAAUUAUACGAAGAAUUACAUACUUACUUUUUCCAAACACUCGAAAAUGCACUAACUCAAUUCCUCUUAUACCACAACAAAAAUGAAAAACACUUAGG